CACGUCUUUCAAGAUGGCGACCACGACGACAUUGUCAGUGUACGACUACGUCGUGAUUGCUGCAACGUUGGCAGUGCCAUUGGGUAUAGGGGCUUACCUGGCCAUAUGGGGAGAAAGAACAACACCAAAGAGGAAUAUCUGCUUGGAGGGAGAAGUCUUCAUCCGUUCCCUGUCAUGUUGUCGCUUUUGUGACGUUCAUGUCGGCAACGUCGCUAAUAGGAAUACCGGCAGAGACGUUCACAACUGGGUCGGAUUUUUUCUGUUUGUGGUGUCUACAUCUGUUUCGUAUCCCAUCGCCUUGAUCACCGUUGUCCCAGUAAUGCACGCCCUCCAAGUCACGAGCAUGUAUGAGUACUUCCAGCUUCGUUUUGGGUCCCCCACCCUGCGUCUCCUGGUCACUUUGGUUGGCAUGCUUCAAAAGAUAUUAUUCACGGCUGUAAUGUUGCUCUCGCCUUCAUUAUCUAUACAGACAGCUACUGGUCUCCCUUUCUGGGUGUCUGUCGUCAUAGUAGGACUGGUGGGGAUCAUCUACACUUCCAUUGGAGGGAUCCGGGGUGUUGUCGUGGCUGAUGUAUUUCAGACAGCUAUCAUCAUCGUUGGUGUGAUAGCUAUUCUAGUCAAGUGUAUUGGUGAUACAGGCGGCUUGGAGAAAUCGCUGGAGUUGGCCAAAGAGGGCGGAAGGAUAACACCAGGCAAUUUUGACUUCGACCCUCGAGAACGUCAUUCCUUCUGGGCGCUAGCUAUAGGAGGGACCUUCACAUUCUGCGCUUACUCAUUCGACCAAUCAGCGAUUCAAAGGAUUUGUGCUUUACCAACUAUAACUAGGGCAAGGAUCGCGUACAUAGGCAACAUGCUUCUGGUUGCCGUCUACAUAACCUGUGUGUGCUUCAUGGGUGUACUGGCCUACAGCUACUUUGCUGCCACAGGGUGUGACCCCUUCAAGGCUGGUAUCCUCACCAACAGAAACCAGCUGAUGCCCUUCGUUGUGCUGGAAUUGUUUAAAGAUCUGCCAGGCAUGCCUGGCUUGUACCUGGCCACGAUAUUCAGCGCUGCACUGAGCACCUUAUCGUCUGUUACCAAUGGUCUUGCCGCAAACACUGUUGAGGACAUUCUGAAGUGGCCUUUUGAGCGGUGCAAAACCAAGGAGUCUGUGAAAUUGUUUGUUGCAAAAGUAGCAGUGUGGUUUUAUGGCGGUUUGUGUAUUGGCUUGGCUUUCCUGGCGCGGACCUUACCUGGAACCUUGAUUCAGCUCACAUUGGGCUUCCUUGGAGCUUGUGGUGGUCCGGUACUGGGUGUGUUCUCACUAGGGGCGUUAAUACCGUGGACAAAUAAGAUUGGAGCCUUAUCAGGACUGGUCGCCUCGCUUGUAGUGAACAUGUGGCUAAGCAUCGGAGCAGCGUUAUAUGGGUUAAAACCUAUACCCCUUCCCCCAGCACCUGGCAACUCCUGUGACGUUCUCUAUCCGACCAACGUGAACGACCUAAACAUCUCCACAACCUCUCCAACAGUGCUGAAUGUGGCAUCAACGACGGUAUCGUCCAGCAACGUUAUUCCCGAGGACGGACAUCCAUUUUACGACAUCUCCUACCAAUACUACGGUUUUACGGGGUGGCUUGCUGCCUUCGUCGUUGGACUGCUGAUCAGCCUCGUAACGUAUAGAAUGUACCCUCCAAUCACAGACGAAAGGCUACUGAUUCCAAUUGCCCGACUAAUUUGGAACUUCGUGAGAAAUCAAGACUCUCAUGAGGAGGGGAAAGAGAAACCCGCCACUCAGCAAUACCCCUCUCAUACUUCUUCCAUGCCGCCAAAGCCGGAAAGCCAACCUGAUAGGAAGGAUGGCCAUGUAUGGAGCAUUAGAUUAUGAUGGGGUUUACAUUGUAAAAGGAAUGGUGAAAGUAUACACAUUUGAUGGUGACCAAGAUGCAAAAUAUGCUUAUACAACGUUGAUCCAUUGAUAUUAUAGUUGUGCUUUGAACCUAAAGUUUGCAAUGUGUACGCCGCUGUUGAUAGCCUUGUAAACUUUACAUAAUGCUUAUAGCUGUUUGAUAAAAUCGAGUUUCCAACUUGAUACUUUCUUUUGGUUAUUCGCUUAGAAUUAUUUGUGUUUGACACAUAACUGCCUACCUUCGACACAUGACUACCAGCCCUGCACACAUGACUAACUUCUACCUGAGAAUAUUCGACAAAUAUUUGUGAUGCACUGUCCUCUUGUUUGACUUGAUCAUCACAAAACCAGUCCUCAACAACAUUCUUUAGAUAGGCUAUCUUAUCAUGGUGAACUACUGCUUCUUUUCUCAUAUCUUCAUCUCUCUCUUCUUCAAAUAAGAGUUUCGCAUAUUCAUCUCUUUCCUGGAAACAUCCAUCCCACAGUGAUAAACAUUCUGAAUAUGAUUUUCUCAAAGUUUAUCUGUCUGGGCUUUCUGUCACUAAUGCUAUAACACUGUUCUAUUCUUCUCAACCAUGACUUCAAAUUUUGUGGGGUGGCCGGGUAGCCUAGUGGUUAAAGCGUUUGCUCGUCACGCCGAAGACCCGGGUUCGAUUCCCCACAUGGGUGCAACGUGUGAAGCCCAUUUCUGGUGUCCUCCGCCCCGAUAUUGCUGGAAUAUUGCUAAAAGCGGCGUAAAACCAUACUCAUUCAUUCAAAUUUCGUUGUUUUAUUUCCUGGUUGUAGACACGUCCUUUUUCUGUUAAUUCUCAAGUUCUCUUUCCACCGUCUUCGCUCACAAAUUCUGAAGCUAAACCUUCCUUUAACAUUUUCUUUCUUACUCUAAGCACUGGCUGAAGGUCAAUGGCGGAAAGUGUUGACUCAAUGGCUGAAAAUGUCAAUAAUUCAAUUUACAUUGUAAUUUGUAUAGGCUACAUUCUGCUCCACGUCUGAUAUAAAGUCAAUUCAUCUG